CGGCUGCUUGUAUAAAGAGGCAGGGAACGUUGUAUAAAGUCAUUGGUGUUCUGUGCGCCGACAAAUACCACGCGAGUCGCGUCUCGUACUAAAAAAACUCUACACCCGCCAUGACGCGAAACUUUGUUCUUUAAUAAAACAAGCAGAACACCGGUUUUGUCACAAGUAUUAUUUAUGUUUGCACUCUAUGCUACUUUUCGAGUGAAAGAAGAUCACUUUUAAUUUCCUGAAUGUAAUACGAUCAUCAGGCAGUAAAUGUGUUUAUGUGUACAGGCAGUGUGUUUGGUCUUUAAACAUCGUAUUAAAACUUCGGUUACUUUUCAGACGUGGGAAGACAUUUAAAAAGAAUUUAAUAAGCAUAAAGCUACAUGCCUAGAAGUACUUAACAAGUUAAACGUUCUUGUUCUACAGUUUUUGUGAUACCUGUUUCCGGACACCAUGCUUACAGAAUGGAAGAAACGUUUAGCUAAAGGAUGUAUAGCUCAGCGCUAUGUUAUAGCCAUAAUGGGUUUUCUAGCAGUGGCAAAUGCAUAUACAAUGAGGAUAUGUUUGUCAACGGCCAUAACGGAGAUGGUGGUUCACCAUAAUAGAAAUGAAUCGGAAACAGAUCCUGAUGCCUGCCCUUCAAAUUCAGUAUCAAAUAACAAAACUGCACAACACGGGACAUUUGACUGGGAUGAGGAGACACAAGGAUUAAUUCUCAGUUCAUUCUUUUGGGGUUAUGUCAUAACCCAUCUACCAGGAGGAAUGCUAGCAGAAAAGUUUGGAGGCAAAUAUGCCCUUGGACUAGGCAUUCUAUGUACUGCUAUUUUAUCAAUACUUACCCCACUGGCAGCCACUCAAGGGGGUGCAGGUUGGCUCAUUGCAGUGCGUUUCUUGGAAGGUCUGGGUGAAGGAACAACAUUCCCAGCAUUGAAUUCCAUAUUAGCACGCUGGGUACCACCCCAGCAGAGAGGAAUCCUUGGUUCUUUUGUGUUUUCUGGUUCUCAAAUAGGAACAGUAGUUGGUACUGCCCUCAGUGGAGUCUUGAUAGAGUACUCGUCAAUUGGAUGGCCAAGUGUCUUCUAUUUGUUUGGCUCACUGGGUGUGCUCUGGUUCUUUGCAUGGAUUGCCCUCUGUUACAAUGAUCCACAGUCUCAUCCUUUUAUUUCUGAUGAGGAAAAAGCAUUUCUUGAGCAGAGUAUUGGAGGACUAGACAAUAAAAAGGAUAUUCCACCUGUCCCAUGGCGGGAAAUGGCGAAAUCAGUUCCUCUGUGGGGUCUCAUAUUUGCUCAGAUAGGUCAUGACUGGGGCUUCUUUACCUUAGUGACUGACUUACCAAAGUACUUCAAAGAUGUAAUGAGAUUCAAUAUAUUUGAGAAUGGAUUCCUGACUGCAUUGCCAUACCUCACAAUGUGGAUUUUUUCAAUGGCAUCUGGCUGGCUCUGUGAUCAUUUGAUCACUUGGGGAUGUUUAUCAACCACAAAUGCUCGUAAAAUCUUCACUACCAUUGCCUCAGUGGGGCCUGGAGUUGGUAUCAUUGCUGCAUCAUAUGCAGGAUGUGACAGAACGGCUGUAGUUUCUCUUAUUACACUGGGCACAAUGCUCAUGGGUUCCUUCUAUCCUGGCAUGAAAGUCAAUGCACUUGAUCUUAGUCCAAACUAUGCAGGAACGCUCAUGGCCAUUGUAAAUGGUAUUGGUGCAUUCACUGGAAUCAUCACUCCAUACCUAGUCGGUGUACUAACUCCAGAUAGCACAAUUCUUCAGUGGAGAGAAAUAUUCUGGAUUGUAUUUGGUGUCUUCCUUGCCACAAAUGUGCUAUUCAUCUUUAUGGGAUCAGGAGAAAUUCAGCCUUGGAAUAAUCCUUUGACAAUGGAACAAGGAGUAGACAAGGCUAAUGCAUCAGAAACAAACCCAAGCUCAGAUGCAGAAAAAAUACCUCCUAUAAAAAUUUGAAGGUAUGUUCAACAUAAACUAUGUAAUAUAAAAAUUCCAGUCAGUCUUAAUUUUUCAAGAUGGAAGUGUGUUUCCCAAGAAAUAAAAAACGUUUUGAAUCAACAGUGUUCUUUUGUAAAAACAGCAAUGGCAUGAAUUAUUCUCCAUCAUUAUAUUCACUGUACAUUUUCAUAGAAUCAUGUCAUAAAAGCAUUUUGUAUGUAUAUAGUAAGUUUUAACGUGUAUUUAAUUUGUAUCAAUUAUUGUAUAACUGAACUAAAAACAAAACUAUUACUAGAAAAUAAAAUUGGAAAAUGUUUUUAAUUUAA